AUGGUCCGCGUCUCUGUCCUUAACGACUGCUUGAACAACAUUGUCAACGCGGAGCGCCGUGGCAAGCGCCAGGUCCUUGUCCGUCCUGCCUCCAAGGUCACCGUCAAGUUCCUCUCCGUCAUGCAGCGCCACGGCUACAUCGGCGACUUCGAGAUCGUCGACGACCACCGCUCUGGCAAGAUCGUCGUCCAGCUCAAUGGCCGCUUGAACAAGACGGGUGUCAUCUCCCCGCGCUUCAACGUCCAGGUCGGCCAGAUCGAGAACUGGGUCAACUUGCUCCUCCCCGCCCGUUCCUUCGGCAAGAUCAUCCUUACCACCUCGUCCGGUAUCCUCGACCACGAGGAGGCCCGUCGCAAGAACGUCGGUGGCAAGAUCCUCGGCUACGUCUACUAG